AUGCCCGUGGUGGUAGAAGUGGACUGUGGAGAAUGCAUGGGAGAGCUAUCCAUGCUAGUAGGAGGUGUGGCGCAUGAGGAAUCCGCACCACUGCAUGGAGAGUCCUUCAGAGAUGUGACCGAAGGGGAAGCUUCUGAAGGUGGAGUGGAUUGUGGGAGUGACGGAGCAGGCCCCCCUACUUCGUCUUCUGUGGAGUCAUUAUCACAACUAAUGGCAGUUGGAACACAAGGAGACGAGGGUGUUGACGUGUGCAUGGUCUCGACAAUAGGGGAAGCCGAAAUAUGA